CCGCGUUGGAGUAAGCCGUGUGUGACAAGUUUUUUUUUAUUCAAAAAUGGAACUGAAAAUAGUGUUGCUCGCCCUCUGUGUUGGUUUUGUUUGUGGUGCGAGCUACAAAGCAGCGGUAGUGGACAAGUCAAUAGAGUUUAACGAGAACAAAGCGGUGUCAAUGAUAGAACAGGCAGCACAAUUGAAUGUGGACUUUUUGAUGCUGCCUGAGAUGGUGGCUAGUAGCACGAAGAUAAGGCAGCUCUCUGAUGCUGCUAAGGAGGCCAGUAUCUACGUCACAGCGCAGAUACUGGACAAUACUAUAAGCGGUACUAAAACCAACUACUUGUUCGACAGAAACGGAACAGUUAUUAGUAAUCCCAGUGACACCUUCCUCGCUGACUUCGGUGUCAUAUUCAGUCUGGUGAAUGUGGAGGAUCUGCUGAUGACUGAUGCUGGAGCGAGGAACGUCAUUGCGUUUGGCUCUGCACCAACUCAGUUCUUAUAUGCUCUUCAAUCCUCUGGUGCAUGGGCGUACACCACUCGGUCCAACCUGAUCACCGCCCGCGCCAUCUACGGCGGACAGACACACAAACAUGGCGGAUUAGUGGUCGCCGAGUUGAACAGUGAUCGUCCUAACACCUUUGAAGAACAGAAUCACCACAUUACCGACCUCAGUCAGGUCACAUCAGAGCCUCUACGCGGGUCUGGCAGGAAGCAGGUCUGCCACGAGGAGUUCUGCUGUGAUUUUGACAUCACAACCAAAUCUGCAUUAGCGCUACCAUAUUCGCUGGUGUCGUACAGUGGCGUACAAGACAUUGGCGCUGGACCGGUCAGAGUGGAGACCUGCGCUCUGGUGGCUUGUUCUGGACAACAGGAGUCGUGCUUUGAAGAGUUGGAAAGAAAUAAAACCAACGUCUUCGAAAAGCUGACAAUCAGUGCGUACUUCAGCGCUAACUCCAAGCAAUAUCCAGUUGUCAUCUCAUCUGAUGUCACUUUUGAUGACGUCACCUUUAUCCAAAGGAACCAGUCCAACCACGCCUCUGUUGAAUUAAUCAGGAAGCAAAUCACUAGCUUAGGCAUUUUCGGAAUCUCUAAAGACCUGGAAACGCAGGACAUGCGGGCUAGUGAUGACAUGUCUGAACUCUUCGACUACCUCUGGAUUAGGUUGCGUGUUGCUAUUUUCAUCAUAUCCAUUUAUGUAUUGGAAAUGAUGUAAGUUGGAAGUAACUUUAAGUUGGGAGUAAGUUGGAAGUAGUUUGGCUUGUAAGUUAAGUUUGUUAACUUUACAAGUAGAGUACCUUCAGUUGUGUAAGGAGCUGCUUAAAUUAUGUCAUGUAAGGGAGGACGUUUUUUAAGUUUUAGAAGCUUGCGAACAACUCAAGUUAUUGAGUUGUGUAACUAUGUACCCAGAGAUCUACUCGUACUUGAGGUGUGUAACCCUUGUCAGUUAGGAUAAUAUCAUCACUGAGAUGUUCAACGUUGCAGUCAGGAUUCGGAAGCAGCUUGACAUGGUAACAUUGUAAGUUGAAAGUAGCUUGAGAUAUUAUUUAAAAUUGUAAGUUGGAAGUAACUUGAGUUAUGUCACUUUGUAAUUUUAAGGUAACUUGAGUUAUGCCACUUUGUAAUUUGGGAGUAAUUUGAGUUAUGUCAUUUUGCAAUCUAGAUUCUAGGAGUAACUUGAGUUAUGUCACUUUGCAAUCUAGAUUCUAGGAGUAACUUGAGUUAUGUCACUUUGUAAUUUUAAGAUAACUUGAGCUAUGUCACUUUGUAAUUUGGGAGUAACUUGAGUUAUGUCACUUUGUAAUUUGAAGGUAACUUGAGUUACGUCACUGUAAGUUUCGAGUAACUUAAGUUUAGUAACCCUGGAAAUUGGAAGUAACGUGAGAUGCGUCACUUUGU